AUGAACAUGUUCACCGCCAUUAACGACGCCAUGCGCGUGGCCAUGGAGACGGACCCGUCGGCGAUUCUCUUUGGCGAAGACGUGGCGUUCGGAGGCGUCUUUCGCUGCUCGGUGGACCUGCGGGAGAAGUUUGGCAGCGACCGCGUCUUCAACUCGCCCCUCUGUGAACAGGGGAUCGCGGGCUUUGCCAUUGGCUACGCGUCGACGGGCCGCACGGCCAUUGCCGAGAUCCAGUUCGCCGACUACAUUUUCCCUGCGUUUGACCAGAUCGUGAACGAAGCGGCAAAGUUCCGCUACCGCUCGGGCAACGAGUUUGACUGCGGGAAGCUCACGUUCCGAGCCCCGUACGGAGCUGUCGGCCAUGGCGGCCACUACCACUCGCAGUCGCCCGAGGCGUACUUUGCGCAUACACCUGGCCUCAAAGUUGUCAUGCCGCGCAACCCUGUGACAGCAAAGGGGCUGCUGCUCGCAUCGAUUCGGGAUCCAAACCCGGUGCUGUUUCUCGAGCCCAAGGCGCUGUAUCGAGCAUCGGUUGGCGAGGUACCGGUGGGCGAGUAUGUGCAGAACCUGAGUGAGGCCGAGAUUGUGCGGCAAGGCGCCGACGUCACAGUUGUCGGGUGGGGUGCACAGAUGCGAGUGCUUGAAGAGGCUUGUGGCUACGCCGAGGGCGUUGGUAUCAGCUGCGAACUCAUUGACUUGCAGACGAUUUUCCCUUGGGACGCUGACACGAUCGAGCACUCGGUUCGCAAGACCGGUCGACUGGUCAUCAGCCACGAAGCUCCGAAAUCCGGUGGGUUUGCUGGAGAGAUAUCGUCCAGUAUUCAAGAGCGGUGCUUCUUGAGCUUAGAAGCUCCCAUUCAGCGCGUAUGCGGUUACGAUACGCCCUUCCCGCUAGCAUACGAAUCGCACUACCUUCCGGACGCGUUGCGGAAUUUCGAGGCGAUCAAAAACGUAGUGAAUUACUAG